GUUAUCCUUUAUUGUACGCGUCUUCUUUUUUAUACACGACCAUGUCUGCUGUACCAGCCAUUGAGAGAACAGCUGAAUAUGAGAAGUUCAUGAGUGACUUGAAAAAGUUUCAUGAUCAAAAAGGAACUGUUUUACAGACCGAACCUGUAUUAGGUGGGAAACGACUUGAUUUGUUAAAGAUUUAUAAGACUGUGAUAGAAGCGGGUGGAUAUGAAAAGGUUACCUUAAACCGUGGUUGGAAACAAGUGGGCGAUCCCUUUCACUUUCCUGUCACUUGUACAAACAGUGCUUAUUCUAUAAAGUCCUUUUAUACAAAAUACCUGUUGGGUUGGGAGGAGGAACAUUAUUGGAAGAGACCAUGGAAUCCACCACCCGAUUUAUUAGCUAAUUACCAAAAAGCUUCUUCACCUGCCCCCACACACCAUUCCAGAGAACUAAAUAGACAAACAGGAACAGCAUUUACGCAACCAAAUAGAACCUCUCAACAACAUUACCAACCAUUGCCUUCCUUACAACAACAACAACCCGGGUUUUACCCUCCUGCCAUAUUUAUGGAUCAAGAAUUCCGUACCCGUAUCCUCUUAUCAUUACAAUCCAGUCUACCCAAUGAAGUCGACUGGGCAUUCAACACAUUAAUCAAAUUCUCAUAUGCAUCCGAAAACUUCUGUCUCGACUUCAUUCCGACCUUGAUUGAUUUACUCUUGGAUUUUACCGUGGAUUUCUUCCAGUUACAAAUCGAAGUCAACACUACGACAGAUUUAUUUUGUAGCAAACCCAAGCAAGAAGCGUAUGAGCGUGUGCUUCAAGUAUUUCAUAUUCUUCGGAACUUUUCCUUUUUGGAGAUGAACAUCCGUCGUUUAGCUCUUCACGAUCGACUUCGAUUUCUAUUGAUGAAGGGGAUUGCGUUACCACCCAGUUCACAGUAUGGAGAAUUAAGUCGACAUUGUCUUGAUAUCUUGGAAAAUAUCGCACCUCAAGUAUCCUUAAUGAACCGUGACGAUGAAUACUUUACAACCAUGACCCAACUAUUAUUUUCCAACGACCGAGCAUUUAUUUUGGGUGCAAUUCGUGCUUUGACCCGUGUGGCCGUGACAGAAACAAAUGAACGGGUGUUGGGAUUUGCGGACUUGGAUGUGAUUGGUAGAAUGGCUCAACUCUUGAUUGUGGAUGACGAGGAAUUGGAAGCGGCUACACUGGAAUAUCUGUAUCAGUAUUCGAGUUUGAGAGGAAAUUUUUCAACCGAGUUGGUGAAAUAUUAUCCUGGUAAUCUGAUUGGAUUAUUGACGGGAUUCUUGUCAUAUAAAUCGUCCUUGGCACCUCCUUCCAGUUCAGCUAUCGGGACAUUGCAUGGUAUACCAGCAGCUCAAAUGACACGCAUUGAAACAGGUGGUGAACAACCUUCUAUUCCAGACUUGACGAAUUAUUCACAUUUAGACGAACCUUAUCGAUGUCUCGGAUGGUUAAAGGAUCAAUUGCUGAGUGGUGGGGAUGAAGAUAUUAUCGUUUUAAAAGAUAUUUUCUCAGAUUAUCAAAAACUAUUUGGAUCCGAAAAGCCAUUGGGUAUGAAGGAAUUUUACACGGUAUUGAAAAUUGCGUUCCCUCAACCACCCAGUGUGGAAGAAUCCGUGACCAAUAGCACGUCACCUUUAGACACAGUACUUCAGAAUGUACGUUAUUCACCCACUAGAAGAAGAGAUGGACCUAUCUGUCAUUGGAAUGGAUGUAACGAAAGUUUUGAUAGCACGAUUGAGCUUCAUAAGCAUAUUAUCAAGGAUCAUGUUGAAGGCAAACCACGAUGUGAAUGGAUGAAGUGUACACGAGAUUUCGAAGGAAAGGGUAUUCAACAUAUGCGUACUCAUUUUGCGGGCAAAAUAAAGAAACAAAAUAAUAGCAAGAGCAAGGUAUUCACGAUUGCAAAAAUCCCCACGGAUGAUACGGAAGUGUCUGGUAUUCCAUUGACCUCGGCUUUAUUACUAAGAAAUUUGGCAAGAUACAAACAACAUCAUACAUUUUAUUUACCUUAUGAAAGCGAAUUGACACUCUUGGCUAUUCAGAGACCCAAAGUGUCGAAAUAUAUCUUGACCGUUUUGGGUGAAUUACAAGCCAAUUAAUAUGAAACGAUAAUAAAAAUAAAAAAAUAAACAAUAAGAAAAAAAA